AUGUCAAUGUUGGUGCUAACUGCGGCAACACUAAAAGCAUUCACGGUGCUGCCGUAUGUACAAAUUGAUUUUGUUCACUAUUUCAGACUAGCACAAUGUGAUGCAAAAUGUGCAGAAAAGUGCGUAACUGGUUGUAAUCGACGAAUAACUGCAAGACGAGAAAGAAAUGGUACGACAAAAUAUGCGCUAAUGACAGGAAUGCAAUUUUGGAUGGAUACAAAUGCGUAUGCAAGUCGGACUGAGUAUUCACCUAUUAAAAGUGUUCAGUUAGGCUGUAUGAAUGUUGUAACAUCACAUGAGCCAAAUGAUUUUGAGGACACAGUCGAUGGCUUAGUUUUUGUGAACAUUAACGAAACAGUGAAAUAUCCGAUUCGAUACAUUGUCCAAUGGAAGCAACGAACAUACGAUGGUAGUCCGACCGAAGAAAAUGGUUGGAUUACUGCUUCGAUUGAAUCAGAGCCAAUAUUUAAAGUUGAGGGUAUGGUACCAGUAAUGCAAUAUCGAUUUAUGGUAACUGCUGUUGGUCCCGGUGGUCGUCUUGGUGGCCCAAUAAUGAGCAAUUGGGCACAGUCAUUAACAGCUGAUGAAAGAUCGCAUGCACCUGUUGGGCCAAUGAUGAUUUCAACACAAUACAAUAACGAGAAUGGUUUAUGCGCAUUAGUAAAAUGGUACCAUUCACCGUAUCAACGUGAAUCAUCGUCGGGAAUUUUAGAUGAUAGCAUUUCACUGUUUGGUAGCUGUCAUUACAGUAUUACCAUACUUAAUGAAACUUCACAAGAAACUGUAUUAUUUACAUUGGAUAAUGGGAAUGGCAUUUUGCUACCAAAUUUGCAAUUUUCAACUGAAUAUUCGAUAGCUGUUCGAUCGAUCUCAUCAGAAUUGAUAGAUUCAUCGUUGUCACAUCAAAAGAAUGUGUCACAUGCAGAUGACACAAAUUUCAUAUUGGAACAAAGAUUCAUGACACCACCAUGUAAUGAAAUAUUUGGUACAGGAAGUCUCGAAUGUGCACCUGAACCAGUUAAAAAUUUGGAAGCAGUGGUAAAUUCUAAUGGAACAGUGAAAAUUCAAUGGAUACCAUCAAGUGAACCAAAUGCUAUUUUAGUUUAUCAGUUACUUUAUCAGUCGCUAACAAAUCAUUAUGAUUGCGAUAAAGAUUCAUCAAGCAUUUACAUCAAUGCGGGGUCAACAACAGCAACAGUACAAUUACAUGGUCGAACACAUUGCGAAUAUUCGAUCAAAUUGAUCAAUUAUGAUCUAAUUGGACGUGAAGCUAGCACUGAAAUAAUCAUUUGGUAUCGACCAGAUAUUCGU